AUGACGAACUCGAAGAAAGACAUCCAGACCGACUCAGACAAGUCGCUCUUCAGCAUUUUGAAGUCGGAGGAGCAGAAAUGCAUUCCCCCGAAGUCGGCGUUCCAUUUCUGCAUCGUCUCGGCGCGGCGCGCCAACAAGGCUGAGGGCCUACAAGACAUCUUCAUGGUUCAGUCGCAAUUUGCGGAUGCUGGGGUGACUCCGACUUGGUACGUGGAUGCGGAGUCCCUGGAUGACUACAAGAAGUUGGGCCUGAAGGCUGUGGUAGGCGGGAAGCUCACGCCCGCGCGCAACAAGGCACUGGAGGAUGCGGAGCGCAUGGGCAAGAUCUGCGUGCAGGCCUCCGAUGACAUCUCGGCCUGGGAGUAUCGCCACGGAAAGAUGGCUACUGAGAGGACAGAUGACGCCAUGAACAAGGCCCACGACGCGGCCAAGCGUUACGUCCUGUCGCCGGUGGCUGCAGCUCAAUUCAUCGCGGCCAAGAUGCGAGGCUCGCCGGACAAGCCCAAGCUUGGCGGAGUUUACGCCCUAGGCAGCUGCGCGCGGACCUUCUCCUCGGAGGCCUUCGCGGGGAAGAACUUUGUGAUCGGAGACUUCUUCGUGGUGGACAAGGGCAGCAAGGUUCGCUUUGACGAGAGCCUCUCACUCAAGGAGGAUUAUGAGAUUUCACCUGCCAGCACAUCCACGACCAUGGCUCCGUGA